AUUGUUUUGAUUCUUGCGAUCUAUGACGAAUCUGUUGAUACGACGAGCCUGAGAGAACGGCCAGAUGCUCCAAGAUUCUCCAUUUAAAGCGAAAUCGCUUCGACGACUCGCACUUUGACUUCGGUUUCAGUUAAGUCAGAACUCAAGAUGCUUCUCCACAUCAUCGUGUGCGCCGUCUUGGCCGCUGGUGCCUUCGGCAACUUCACGGCUAACACUAUGAUGGACAACAUCCUGAGAGAUAUGACGAUACAGAUUGGGAACACCGGACUUGACCCCACCGUCGUCAGCCCUUUCAACUUCAAGGUGAAAGCCACAGGUGUAACCAACCGGGACUUCAAGGCGAACUUCACUCAGGGCUCCCUCUAUGGGCUCGGCCAGCUCAGGAGACAAGGAAACUGCAACUACGGAAUAGCCGCUGGUGAAUUGAGGAUGGGAUGCUAUGUCACUCUGGGCUCUCUCCGUGCUUUGAUGAACGCAGACGUCAAGGGAGACCAAAUCAGUGGGAAACUGCACAGUAUCUCCACUUCGUCCAACGUCUCUCCUCAAAGUUUCCUCCUCAUUGAACUGGCUGGAAGCAGAGGCUAUCCGGCGAGACUCAUUCCCAUGAUCAUGCGUACGGUGACCAUCAGCACCGCGGUGACGCAAGGCAAAGUUGACCUCGGCACUAGUCGCCACAACGAGUUCGUACGGCAGAUCAACGACAACCUCGCGCGACAGGUCGCGUCGAUCCUCACGGGGAAAUACAGCAGCGUCUUCCACAGCGUCGCUAGCCGCUAUCGUAUGCCCUAGAUCAUUCCGAGAUCGCGGGUCAUCUCAACAAGAUCGACCAGGCGACGGAAAGCGAAAAGAAGAAUAAAUCACGAAGGUACCGCAUGAA